AUGGUUAGCGUGCCUGGCUUCCAUGCUCUAGGAAUGUUACCCGAUAAUAGGCAUGAUGGUGGCUAUGGAGCCAAUGAUAAUGAUGCAGAUCUAACAUCCAAUGUAACCACCAAUACAUCCACAAAUGGGAAGAGGAAGUUUAGCAGUUCUUCAAACCAUGAUGAGGAUUCACUUCCCCACGCUUGGAAUCCAAAGCUUAAAAAAAGGAAAGAUGGAGAGCUGGUCAAAUGUUUAAUAUGUUUCAAGCAAUGUGAAAGUCCUUCCCUCCUUAGAGAGCAUUCAAAACUUCACAUGAGUGUUCAAGAAAUCACAAGUAAACAAAGAUCAACUGAUGACAGACCAACUGAAAGUGCAACAACAUCCACUGAAGCAAAUUUAAGACCAAUACCAGAAAUGAAAGGAGCGUCCAAGAGGAAAAUUGGCCCAACUAACGAUACAUAUGGGGCAGGUGGAUCUGACACAAAGAGGAGAUGUGGACCAGAUGGCAAUCAGAAGGGUACAAACAGCAAAAAUGGGAAAGCAACAAAAUACAAAGAGCAACAAAGAGACAGAGAGGUUGUCUGUGCUAGGUGGAAGGAAGAUGUGUAUCUUGGGGUAAAGGAAAGAGACACGAUUUAUUACUGCAAGGAGCCCCUUGCACAAAUUGAUAAAUUCAACGACCUCCUUGCAAUUUCGAACAAAAUGCGAAUCAUCAAUCGUUGCGACUUUGCCAAAGUUGGAGAGGAAAUAAGCCCAAACAAUUAUUUCGUUGUGCAAGAUGGAUAUCUCACCGCACCAAAACAUAGUGCCAUAAUUAUAAUUAAACAAAGCCAAGAACAAGUUAUAUCUUGCCUUUCUUCCCAUGUAGCAAAGUUUUGAAAUGUUAGCCCUCAGUCCUUUGGUUUCACGAAUAGGUCCGGUCCUAAAGUUUCUCUUCAUGCUUGACAAAAUAUAAAUGAUAUAUAAAAGGCAGAUGUUUAACAAACAUAAUGAAUUGAUACGCUGUAUGUCAGAAUGAUAUGAAACCCGACAAGCAAUCCAUGCGCGCUGUGCUGAUACCAGAAAUUGAAAGGCAAAUACAUACCAAUAAAACACACCUGCAAACAAUCAUAGAAAUAUAUAAUUUAGGCAGUCAUAUUGCUGCUCUUAAAAAUUUGUAUAGCGAUUAAAAGACUAAGCGAUUAUCCAAUUUUUAAAUAGUUGGAUUUGUGAGUUGAAUAUAAAUAAUUCAGUACUUGUCUAUUAUUGCUAUCGGUUAUAUUAUUCAUUCACCCAUGGCUUGGGCUUUUAAAGUGAUGUGCAUUAAAGAAUGGUGAUAUGUAAAUAAAACUGUCCAUGUUUAUCUGUCAAAGAUGACUGGUACAUAAUAUAACGAUUAUACAGAAUAUAAGUUCGAAGCAUUGUGAAACUCAAAUGGAAUUGUUUAUUACCAUCUUAGUCACCGUUUUUAAGCAAACUAGUUAUUUUACUGAUGCACAUUUAAUAAUAUUUUAAUCCAGUAAGUGUCCAUAGACACUUUUGAAAGCAGCAAUUCUUGUUUCAUGUGUUAGUUUCGCAGUG